AUGUGGUCGACGUCUAAUAACAACAAAGACAAUAAUUCUCCGGAAAGGGGCUUCUGGACGCCGCCAGCGUCAUGGAGGACUCCGCAUUCUCCGGGGUUGGCGAUGAUGCCAAUGUCAGAGAGGAAAGAAAGGGUGUCUUCUCCUAAUUGUAAACGUGAUCUUUUUCAUGUUAUUCACAAAGUUCCUGCUGGUGAUUCUCCUUAUGUUAGAGCCAAACAUGUUCAGUUAAUAGAGAAGGAUCCGAGCAAGGCCGUUUCCCUAUUCUGGGCUGCUAUCAAUGCUGGGGAUCGAAUUGAUAGUGCCUUGAAAGACAUGGCAGUGGUGAUGAAGCAAUUGGAUCGAACGGAUGAGGCAAUUGAGGCGAUCAAAUCUUUUCGUCAUCUCUGCCCAUAUGAUUCUCAGGAAUCUAUUGACAAUGUGCUGGUUGAACUCUACAAGAGAUCUGGAAGGAUUGAAGAAGAGAUUGAAAUGCUUCACCGCAAACUGAAGCAUAUAGAAGAGGGUAUUGCUUUUUCUGGCAAGAAGACUAAGACUGCCAGGUCUCAAGGGAGGAAGAUUCAAAUAAGUGUUGAACAAGAAAGAUCAAGGAUAUUAGGGAACUUGGCCUGGGCUUACUUGCAGCAUCACGAUUACGGUUUGGCUGAACAAUAUUACAGGAAAUCUCUCUCUUUGGAGCCAGAUCAGAACAAGAAGUGCAACUUGGCUAUCUGCUUGAUGCACAUGAACAGAAUUCCAGAAGCAAAAUCUCUGCUCCAAACCGUAAAAGCUUUGUCCGGAAGUAAACCAAUGGAUGAUUCCUAUGCUAAAUCUUUUGAGCGUGCUUGUCAAAUCCUGACUGAAUUAGAGUCACAUUCGAUAGUUAAACCAACCGAACAGGAUGAAAAUCAUUACCAAAGAUCUUUGGCAUUGCCUACCACCAGAUAUUUGAACGAAGUUGCUAGCUUACCUAAUGGAUUUGAUGACGAGAAAGUGUUGUCAGAUGAACAGAAUAGAAGAUCUUAUUGGCAAGAUCACUCUGUGAUUGAGAAAUGCUUCUCUGCAUAUGAUAAUGGGAGUUCUCAAUGCAUAGUAUCUGGACAGAGAGGUCCACAGUCUUCUCCACUGCCUGCAGUUGACAAUAGCUGGAGGAGAGGCUCUUAUUUUGAAAGCCCAAGUGAAAAGCUUGGUUUUGCCAGCAAUAUGAACGAGUAUCGGUUUAGUUUCGCUGAAACAGGCCCAAGUUCUGCACAGAAGAAGACAUUUACUUCUCCAAAACUAUACACACAACCAAGAAGAUGUUCCUGGGGGUUCGAUAAAGGAGAUCAGAGAAGGAUAAGGUGGGGAGAGGAUACAGCUGAGACAAAAAAGGAGAAUGCAAUCCGGAAUCUCUCAGGAGAACUAUUAGACUCAACUGAUAAUCAUAGAAGCUGGGAAAGAAAUGUUCAGGAAAAUGGUGGCCAAAGCAAAUCUGCAACAGAAGACAGUAACACAAGUCCAAAAUGUUCCACAGAGCAGACUCUGGUUAUCGACAUUGCAGGAGUAUCAAAAGCUUCCACUGACAGUGACUGCGAUCAAUCAGUAGAAACUGUUGGAAAAAAUUCUCUUGGAAAGAAGGACAGCACACUCAAAUCUCGUUGCAUGAGUUGGGCAGAUAUGGUUGAAGAAGAAGAGCAGGAAUUGUCAACUGCGGCGGACUUUGGCCAGGGUUUCGAUCGUUGGUACUAUGCAGCAGCAUCUAAUGAUGAAAAUCUAAAUGCCAACAUAUUUCAUCAAAAUUCUUAUCAAGAGAAUCAUUUAGGAACUAUAUCUCAAAAACUUGAAGCAGCUGAUCUUCAAGAUAGUUACGGUCCAUCCACAGUAUCGUCAAGGAAUUCCACAGCGCGACGUUCACUGUCUUACGAAUCUGCCGAGGAUGUGAAUACGAAGAGGAGAAACAGGUUGCAGGUUUUCCGGGACAUAACUCCUACUCCAGAUAGUCCAUGA